AUGGCAACUUACAGGCUUUCAAAUAUACCAACUGGUCAAUCAUCAUCUGCCACUAUAUAUCUUCAUGGUGAUGUAAAUGUUCCGAACAAUGAACGCAAUGUGAUCCAGAUUGGUUGGCAUGUUUCAACCCUCCUGUACGAUACAAAUUAUCCUCGUUUUUUUACUUAUUGGACUAGUGACGGAUAUGAGAAAACGGGAUGUGUGAAUUUGUUAUGUCCUGGUUUUGUUAGCACCACUAAUAUUUAUGGACCUGGAAGUUUUAUUCCUCAAUUUUCCACUUAUGGCGGCGAACAAAAAUAUCUAGCGAUACUAAUCGCCAGGGAUUCUAAUACAGGGAAUUGGUGGGUUACAUAUAAUGAUGAACUACCUCUUGGGUAUUUCCCUAAGGAAUUGCUUCCAACGAUGGAUGAUUGUGCAGAAAUGGUUCAAAUGGGUGGACAUGUUUACUCUCCCUUGAAUGUGCCAAGCCCUCCGAUGGGCAGUGGUCAUCCAAGUAAUGAAGGACGUAAUAAAGCUGCUUAUUUCAUUCAAGUUCAGUUUGUGGAUUGGUUUAAUAGAACUUAUGAUUUAGAUCCUACGCGUAUUGUGGCUUGGGCUGAUAUCGGUGAUUAUUAUAGCAUAACGGAUAAUCAUUAUGUAGAUGAUAAAGAUAAAUUUGUUUUUGCUUAUGGAGGAGCUGGAGGUUUUAAAUAA